AUGUACGGCCACAAUUUCGCAUACUUUGACCCCAACAUUUGGUAUCAUGAGGAUGAAAUGAGAAAGCAGGUUGAACAGCUUAAUGGCAAAUUCAUCAUGACAGGCGCAUAUGAAGAUAUCGACAGAGAUGGUAUCUUCGCGAAAGACCAAGAUCUCGAAUGUUUCUUAACAUCGCCUUGGGCGAUAUGUGCUGCUUUGCAGCUGCAGCACGCUUUCGAAGCUCAACACAAUCAGCAGGAAUGUGCUCAGAUGAUCGAAGAUUACGUGCAGUGGGGCGGUGAUCAUGGGCUCACAGAAAGCACAAUGCGUGAGGCAUGCGGAUUGCCUCCGCGAGACAUGAGAGCAAUUUCCAACCGCGCACAAGCAAUUAUUCAAGUUGAUGAUGACGACAAGGACGUCGACAAGGACCCAGACAAAAAGUGGGAUUUGUUGCGCAAAUUCUUCGUGAGUCAUCUGCUGGAGCUGCGCAGGCCUGAUAUCACGAAACCCAUGCUCUUGCGUCUCAAAGCUCCAGGUGGCCCGAACUUGACAAAAGAGAACUUGAUCAAGGAGCUUGUGAACAACAAGAUCUUGGCAGAAACAUCUGCUCGGGGCAAGACUGCCGAAGUCUAUAGGCCUCUGCUGACGUGUUCCAAUUUGCAGAAGGUCGUCGCGUUCAAACAGAAGCACCUGGAAAUGGUACUCCCAGAGACCCUUCAGGCGCGAGGCUUCGUAGAGUAUGUGCAAGGCUGUCCCGCACGCCGGGAGAACGCUUUGGUGUUGGGCAGAUUCUUUUGCGCGGCGAAGAGUCCGCCUUUACGCGGCCGGCCUUCAAAGACUGACGCCGGUGCCUUGGACAAAAGCGAUGCGUGUCAGGAGCGUGGGAGAAAGCUACUUGAGCAGGAGAAGCUGUUCGACGAAAUCCUCAGAGAGUUGAUCAAGUUGACGGGCGACCGUGCUCCAGCAUCGACUCAGGAGGCGCAACCCGCUGAGCGGCGGCGAAUCAAAUCCAAAGAGCUAUUGAAGGUGAAGGAAGAAUCGGAUGAUGUGAAGCCAUUUUUUGUGCCAAACAUUAGCAUUGCAGACGUUCAGGAGACGCUGCACACUCAGCGGGCUUAUGUUUAA